CUCGCAGAGUGAUCUGUGGUCCUGCGGUAUCACGGCUAUUGAAAUGGCUGAAGGAGCGCCCCCUCUUUGCGACAUGCACCCCAUGCGUGCACUCUUCCUCAUUCCAAGAAAUCCUCCUCCUCGGCUGAAAUCUAAAAAAUGGUCCAAAAAGUUCUUCAGUUUCAUCGAGAGCUGCCUCGUGAAGAAUUACACGCAGCGCCCACCAACAGAGCAGCUGCUGAAGCACCCCUUCAUCCGAGACCAGCCCAACGAGCGGCAGGUCCGCAUACAGCUCAAAGACCACAUCGACCGGACGAAGAAAAAGAGGGGCGAGAAAGAUGAGACGGAAUAUGAGUACAGUGGCAGUGAGGAGGAGGAAGAGGAUCCUCCUGAGCAAGAAGGAGAGCCCAG